AUGGGACGGGAGGAUGCGGGGGCUCAGCAGCUCCCGGGGGCCGGAUCCAGGCUCUGGGGUCCCCCCCACCGAGCUGCAACUUACUGGUCUGCGCAGGGCUCCGGGCUGAGCAGCUGGUGCUCGUCCUCACGGGCGAAGAGGGACGAAAGCCCCGAGACCGCCGCGCGGCUGCUGCGGCAGGAGCCCGACCCCGACCUGCCGGGCUGCGCCCAGUUCUACUGCCUGCACUGCGCGCGCUACUUCGUGGACCUGACCAGCAUGAAGGAGCACUUCAGGUCCAAGGUGCACAAGAAGAGGCUGAAGCAGCUGCGGGAGGCACCGUACACGCAGGAGGAGGCAGAGCGCGCCGCCGGGAUGGGCUCCUACAUCCCCCCAAAGAAGGUGGAAGUGCAGACCCAGCCGCUCGAGGAGGUCACCGAGAUGGAGGCGUCCAGCUGA